GUCACCUGAUAGUCAACAGGGUGUGCUAAUGUUUACAACCUUCGGGUUGUCAAUAAUUUCAUCGUAAAAACUGUGAUUUUUGCACCAUAUGUAAAAACAAUUAUAUAAUGGCGCAGACUAAAGGACUUGUUCUCUCAUUCAGACUUUUCUAAGUUCCCUGGAUGCUCCUGAUCCCUUACAGGUGAACCAGUCAGCCUCUGCCAAGAACAUUUCAGUGUGUACAUUCUUCUGGUUAACAGGUGUCACCAGUAUCCAGAUGGAGUGGGUGUUCAUUAUGAACCGGAUGAGCUCUCAGGGAAGCUCUACAGCCCAGCGGAGGAGGAUGGCGCUAGGAGUGGUUAUCCUGCUGCUGGUGGAUGUCAUCUGGGUGGUCUCCUCCGAGCUCACCUCAUACAUUUUCAGGCGGCAGGAGUACAACAAACCCUUCUUCAGCACUUUCACCAAGACCUCCAUGUUUGUCCUGUAUCUGCUGGGCUUCCUGCUGUGGCGGCCCUGGAGGCAGCAGUGCACCGGCUCUCUGAAGCGCAGACACUCUGCGUUUUUUGCUGAUGCAGAGGCCUACUUUGCACCCUGCAACACGGACACCACUGUGAACAACUGUUUGAGUGAGCCGCUGUAUGUCCCAGUGAAGUUCCAAGAUGUACCUGCGGAGCCCUCACACUGUUUAAUGGGAGACUGUGAAUCUUCAGCUUCCAGGAAGCAGCGUGUGCGUUUCAGUAAUGUCAUGGAGGUGCGGCAGCUGCCCUCCACUCAGGCCCUGGAGGCCAAACUGUCCCGCAUGUCCUACCCAGCUGCCAAGGACCAUGAGGCCAUGCUGCGUACCGUGGGCAAGCUGACCAUCACUGAUGUGGCCAAGAUCAGCUUCUUCUUCUGCUUCGUGUGGUUCCUGGCUAACCUGUCCUAUCAGGAAGCUCUGUCUGACACUCAGGUGGCUAUUGUCAACAUCCUGUCCUCCACCUCAGGCCUGUUCACGCUCAUCCUAGCAGCCAUAUUUCCCAGCAACAGCAGCGACCGCUUCACCCUAUCCAAGCUGUUAGCCGUGGCUCUGAGCAUGGGAGGCGUUACCCUUGUGAGUUUCUCCAGCAUGGACAACCCUGAUGACAAAGGCGUCUCAGGUUCUCUGUGGUCUCUGGCGGGGGCCGUGCUGUACGCGGUCUACAUCGUCAUGAUCAAGAGACGAGUGGAUCGGGAGGAUAAGCUCGACAUCCCCAUGUUCUUCGGGUUUGUGGGUCUGUUCAACCUGCUGCUGCUGUGGCCAGGCUUCCUUCUGCUCCACUACACCGGCUUUGAGGCCUUUGAGCUCCCCAGCCAGCUGGUGUGGACCUACAUCCUCAUCAACGGCCUCAUCGGAACUGUCCUCUCUGAGUUUCUCUGGCUCUGGGGCUGCUUCCUCACCUCCUCUCUGAUCGGGACUCUGGCGCUAAGCCUUACCAUCCCCCUCUCUAUUAUGGCAGAUAUUUGCAUGCAGAAGGUCCGUUUCUCGUGGCUGUUUUUUGCCGGUGCGGUACCCGUCUUCCUCUCCUUCUUCAUUGCCACGCUCCUAUGCCACUACAAUAACUGGGACCCUGUCCUGGUGGGACUGAGGAGAGUGUACGUCUUCAUCUGCAGAAAACAUCGCAUUCAGAGAUUGCCUGAAGACAGCGAGCAGUGUGAAAGCCUUAUUCCUCUACACACCGUCUCCCCCAACGAAGGAAGCUUCUGCUCGUGAUCCAGCAGCCAACACAAGUAAAAGCUCAUUCAGAUGUGCAGGUGGUGAAUGUGGAUCUCUGAGCUGACAAUCUGGAUCUUUCAGAGACAUUGAACUACCCCAGUGCCUCCUUUAAAUCUAUUUAUUUUCUACAGUGUUGAGACGUCACAAACAUUUUUACAAGCUCUUUUUUUUAUUUCCAUGUUCCAGUCGUCACAGACUGAGACUUUUUCUUUCAAUGUUUUUCCUGUGUAAAAACCUGAUGGUUCUCAAGGUGCUGGACAUUAACAGUGAUUACCAUAUUGUUAUGUGACCAAAUGAAGCGGUACAUUUUAAACUUGAUCAUAACACUAACAGAGAUACAGUAACUGUGUGUGUGUCUUAAAAAAAUGUGUGAGUUCCGACUUCACAAACUAUUUUUCAGGAGCAACACUGUUCUGGAUGUUGUGUGUCUGUUGUAGCCUUGCUGCUUCUUUGUUAAAUGUUUGUGUGAAGCAGACACAUUUAUUCACAAAUGACAAUCUGUAAGACGUUGAUUCGGUUGCCUUCGACAGAGAAAACUUGCUUUUUUGUAUACCAGCAGUGUGAUAAACUUCAUGUAAUGGAAAUCGUAGAAACGGCACAGCGAUGACGUCAUGUUGCUCAGCCUUGGCAGCUUGGGUGAAGACCAAACCUUUCAGAGUAACCUGCAUUACUUUAGAGCUCCAGUUACACGGUCCUGAUAGUUCAACAGUUUAAAGGGAAUCUCGGUAUUGUUUAAGGUGGGGUUGUAUAAGGUAAUUUCCAUAGUCCCUGUAUUACCUGCAGAAGAUGAAGGAGAAGGUGUGCACAAUGACAGCAGGAAUGAUAUUUUGACACCUAAAGAAUCAAUCAACACUAUAUUUCGAUUAUUUUUGUUGUUGUCAAAUGCAGUACAUUGCUACACUGCUCGUACUCCUGUCUGAUCACCACACACCAUCCACUGACUAUGAAGAGCUACCUCAUACAACCCCACUUCUAACUAUCCCUUUAACAUCUGUCAGUAAAAAAUAUCCUGCAUGAUUUUAUAUUUCAGUUUCUCUUUCACUGCGACAGACUGAGUCGCAUAUGAAGAAUAAUUAAAACCCACUAUAGCUGAACAAAAAGCAUCGCAUCAGCUUUCUUGUGUCAGUGCUGGAUCAUGAAGACAAACUGUGAUUGAGACAUAAUCCUUGUCUUUGAAUAUGAAGUCAUGAUAAAUCUUGCGCUAUGAGCUACAAAACGCCUUGCUGCAAUAACGUUUGUCUGUUGUAUGAACAGAUUCCUUUUCAUAAUGGCUGUAAAUACUGUACACAGGGAAGUGUCAAGAGUUUUGUUUGUGAAUUUCAGAUAACCACUACAGAUUCCCGUCUGAGAUUGUGUAUCAUUUUUAUAUUGUAUGUGUCAUUGUUAAUGAAUUUUGCCAGAGGAAAGGUUUUCAAAACAGCCAAAUUGUUGUAUGGAGAUUGUAUCACAUAUGCUGGAAGGUUGUACGUGAUCUUUUUCUUUCUUCAGCAGACUCAAUUGAUUUACUGCCUGUGAUUCCAUGGGAUGAUAAAUGUUUCUUUAAGCAGCCUUAGUGUCUGUCACAGAGCCCAGGAUGUAAACACUACAGAUGAAGGUAAAGUGUCAAUGUUAUUCCACAUCCUGGUGGAGGUCAGUUCUAUUAAUGGAGGGUUUACUGCAGUUAGCAUUGACUGCACCUAUGAAGUGGAGGAAGUAACAACCGGCCUGUGGGGGGGAACUCACGGGAGCACUUUAUGUGACCGUUGUGAUCUUCUCUUCCUCUAACUGAACCUGCUGUGUUUUGGCCGAUCAGUCAAGCACAAAACCUUUUUAGGUUGAUUAGUUUGCAACGAUGUCUGCCUUGACAUUCUUUUAUUAUUUUCAUCUUUUAUCAACAGUGAUUGUUGAAUCAUAGAUAUGAUUAUAUUUCUUUCUCAUGUUCUUUGUCUUUUUUUCUGAGUAAUUUCGUCUUCCUUAAAGUUUCAAUGAAUAUGUUAUAAAAUGUAAAAGAAGGCUGUAAUAGUAACGUCCCUUUUAUCAACCUCAGCUCUUGAAGUCUGUUUUACUACUUACACUGCACUAUUAAACAAGUCUUUUUAAAUCUCUAUUAAAUGACUUAU